CAGUAUCUUUCCCGUUUGACCGAUGUGCAGCAAAUGGACAUUCAGUCCGCCUUGGAUCAAAUGAAAUCUCUCCUCUCCACGCGUCCGCAACUCGUUUACAAGACUGCCUACUAUCGAAAGCAAACCAAGAACCAUUGGGCCCGGGAUGACCCCGCCUUUGUGGCCUUGCAGGCUGUCUUUCUAUUGAUUGCCUGUAUCGCCUAUGCCGUUUCCUUCCGCAUCUCGGUGACCGACACGAUUUCCUUUUUGCUAUACAACGCUCUAUGGAAUUGGCUGGGUAUGGGGUUUAUUCUGGCAUCACUUUGUAGGGAAAUUGCCAAUCGACACUUGACACUUCAUCAAUCCAACAGUCACGUCCGACAACAAGUGGAAUUGCUUUAUGCGUUUGAUAUCCACUGCAACGCGUUCUUCCCGGUUUUUGUGGUGCUUUACGGAAUACAGUUCUUUUUAUUACCGUUCGUUCUAGCCGAAGGACUCUUUGCGCUGCUUCUCGCAAACACGUUAUACGCAGCCGCUUUGAGUUGGUACUGGUACAUUACCCAUUUGGGUUACCGUACCCUACCGUUUCUGUCAAACACCGAGGUUUUUCUUUUCCCCAUUGCCGCCAUUGUGUUGUUAUACACCGUUAUGAUUGUC